UUAGUGGUUGUGUAAUUUUGCCUCACAUACAGGGAAGUCCCCAUGUUAAAAUAAUACGAAACCAAAUUUAAAUGACCAUGUUUCUGAUCUCAACAGCUGCAAAGCACCAUACUUGAGAUUCAGGGGAAAGCUAAGCUUAGUAUUUGAUUUUUUUAAUGCAGCCAGAGCAAGCUUUUGUCUUUACAGCUAAUAAGGGCAUCAGGGGCUUUCCCUGUGCCACGGUUUGCUGCUGAUGAUCAGUGGGAAGAGCCAGUGUUAGCUCCACUCAUGGUUUGGGGCUACUGCCUGCCAGGAACAGGGACGCAGGUGCUGCCUUGCUGACUAAGACAUCUCCACUCCCGGUUGAGUGUGGGUCUGGGCUUGCUUUGAUGACUAGCUUGCGGUAAGGUGUUGGCCUGCCGGGGACACGAGCUGCACCCGAGCACGGGCUGCCAGAGGAGAGGUAGCGGAGGGAGUCAGGGAUGGGGCCGAGGGCUCGCGUCCGGGCGGCCAGCUGGAGCCGGGCUCCUCCCGAGCAUCCCGUGGAGAGCGAGUCCCGGCUCUGUCGGGACAGCCCAGCGCUGGCACCCGUGAGGGUGCCCUUGCUGGGGACAAAAGUACUCCGGGGUGUACCUUUGCCUGCGAGCAGUGUGAGAUUGAUAACCUGCAGCCCUUGUGUCCCUCCAGGCCUUUCUGCUCCGAGCUGGGGGCGGAGGAGGAGGAUGCGGAUGCUGGUGCGCUGCCAUUUCAGAGGGGCUUUGCAAGGGACCCUUGUGCUCUCCCAGUGGGAGGCAGAGGUCCAUCUCCAGCCCACCCUGGGGUUUCCCCAUGCCUGGGGUCCCCCGUGGCCGAUGCUCCCACACAGCCCUGCGCCCGGGUAAGGCAGCGAGCGGAGCUGCGGUGCUGGGGCUGGCUCGGGUCCUCGGGGGCUGCUCAAGGGAGCCUUUUGGUGGCAGAUUUUGGGGAAGCCACAGGUGACUGUCAAGAAAUGACAAUGCAAGGGCAGGACCUCUUGUGUGCGCAGCCUGUGGCUGCCCCAUCCUGCCUGUGCUGUGCUCCCAGCUUCCCUGCCUGCCCUGGGAGCACAGGACAGUCUCCCAGCCGUACAGAUGACAGUGCUGCUGUCCCCGGGCUCAGGGAGCACAUUACAUACUUCAUUCAGCCCAUCUAGCUCUGCUAGGGAGGGUAAAGACUCCUCUGGUUGCCGUUGCCAAGGCACUUGUCCAUCCUCAGCCCUCUGCGAAACGGGUGCUGGAGCACCCUGUGCCAUCACAGGGCAGUGCCAGCAGUCAGAGGGGCCGCUUGGCUAACGGGGCAGCUGCCCUGGCCCUGGCCCUUCACUGUCCUCUGAUUUGAGAGGUGCCUCCAGGGCACCCCCGAGGCCUCCCUGCUGCCCUCCUCCUUCCCAGCCCUCGAGCCGCUGGAGGGGCUGGGCUGGAGACUCCCCACGGGAAACACCGACUCAAUACAAACCACAGCGGGUGAACAAUUAUGGGUGUCAUUGCAGCAGGACUUCCGCUUUCCCGCGGGCUUUAACAGCGGAGCAGAGCUGUGUGAAGGCAGAGGAGAGGGGAGGACGCCGAGACGCCUGGAGAGGCAGGAGCAGGGGCCGGAGUGGGACGCCGUGGCCAGGAGCAGCUAUGGGGGAUGUCUUCAUCCGGCACAUCGAGCUGCUGGGCUACGAGAAAAGGUUUUUCCCCAGCCAGCACUAUGUCUACAUGUUCCUGGUGAAGUGGAAUGACCUCUCCGAAAAGGUCGUCUACCGCCGGUUUACCGAGAUAUACGAGUUCCAUAAAGCGCUGAAGGAGAUGUUUCCCAUUGAAUCUGGGGACAUCAACAUGGAGAACCGGAUCAUCCCACACUUGCCAGCACCGAAGUGGUUUGACGGGCAGCGCUCGACGCAGAACAGGCAGGGCACGCUGACUGAGUACUGCUACGCGCUGGUCAACCUGCCCCACAAGAUCUCCCGAUGCCUGCACGUGGUCAACUUCUUCAAGGUCCGUCACGACGACAUGAACCCUGUCACAGACAGCCAAACCAAGAAGCCCGAGGUCUUCCUCCUGCCAAAGGAUGCCAAGAAAAACCCCACCGACAUCACGGGCCCCAUUGUCCUGCAAACAUACCGAGCCAUCGCCGACUACGAGAAGAGCUCCACAUCCGAGAUGGCUCUAAAAGCUGGGGACAUGGUAGAUGUCGUGGAGAAGAGCGAAAGCGGAUGGUGGUUUUGCCAGAUGAAGAAUAAACGGGGCUGGGUGCCAGCUGCCUAUCUGGAACCAAUGGAUGGUCCUGAUGAGUCUGAAGAGCAGGAGCCCAACUACGCAGGUGAGCAGUACAUUGUCCAGAAAAGCUACACAGCCGUGGAGGACGACGAGCUGACCCUCAAGGAGGGUGAUACCAUUGAAGUCAUCCACAAGCUGCUUGAUGGCUGGUGGGUCAUCAGAUCCACCAUCCGAAAUGCGAAGAGCAUCCACAAGCAGAGCCGGAAGCUGAUCAGCCAGGAGACCUACAGAAGAAACAGCAAGAAGUACAUCCAGAGCCGGAGGAACAUGAAGGAAAACUUGCAGAACAAGGCCAAAGUCCUCAGGUCCAUGACCUUCCCAAGGGAGAGCAGCUUCUUGCACAGACCUAGAGCUGGGCUCCCACCCAAGCAGAGCUUCCAGCCAGGAACCGAUGGGCUCAUCUCACCACCCUGGCCUCCAGGGAAGACCAUCGCACACAGCUGAGACAGGAGGAGAGGCAGGAACUUUGGUGACCAUUACAUGAACGUUCACAUGAAGGUGUGGGGUGGUGGAGAGCUCUGACACAUCUGUAUGUCCACUUUAC